UGCAUUAGAUAAUAUAGAAUUAUAUGAUUUUAAUUGUUCAUGUAAGUGAAAUGAAGGGAAGAAUUUGCAAUAAAACUGUGAAUAAAUUUUGAUUUAGAUGUGGAUGACGAAUUGCCUAGUUCGACAGUCAUGGCAACGCGGGAAAUAACUAUAAUAUCGACUGCAACAACGACAACGCCAUUGGCAACAACAACAACAACAAUAACAAUAACAACAACAACACAACCAGAGGUUGUUACAACAGCUAAACCUAAUUUAGCUCUAAUACUUGGUCUCUCAUUGGGUCUUGGCAUUCCAUUUGUGCUUGGCAUUCUUAUUGGUUUAGUUUAUUAUUUCAAAGUAUACAAACCUAAAGUUAGAGUACACUCAAGUACUGCUACUAGACCUGCUAAAAAAAACUACUACUACUGCUGCUGCUACUAA